AUGGCUUCCAUUUCUCACUAUUUCCUGCUAGUUCUGAUCGUUCUGGAUCCACAUGCAGCUUAGCCAUGCUGGUGGCCAGGGUGUGCCUGCUCAGAGAAUUUUGGCAGGACUCUACAGUGCACGUCUCUCUCUCUGGGAAAGAUCCCAGAGAAACUUCCUGAAGAGUUUGAGCAAGUGUGAAUUGAACAUUCAUUCUUAUUUGAGCUGCUCCGAGGGUCUUUUGUCAACAUGAGUAUCUUGGAAUACCUUUGGCUCAAUUUUAACAAUGUCACUGUGACCCACACAGGAGCCUUGGAGCACCUGCCAGAACUGAAAGAGCUGAGACUGGAGGGGAACAAGCUCCGUUCGGUACCGUGGACAGCGUUCCUCGCCACCCGAGUCCUGAGGCUCUUGGAUCUCCAGCACAGCAGGAUCGAUGUACUCCCUGAGCUGGCUCUUCAGUUCUUGGUAAAUCUGACCUACCUUGACCUAUCUUCCAACAGGCUUACAGUUGUAUCCAGGAAUGUCUUCUUGAACUGGCUGGCCUACCAGAAACGCCAGCAUCCUGGCUGCGGGGCCAGGACUCUCUCCAGCAUGGUGCUGGCGCUGCACAGUAACCCCUGGCUAUGUGAUUGUCACCUAAGGGGACUCAUCCAGUUUGUAAAGUCCAUCAGCCUCCCAGUCAUCCUGGUGAAUCCCUACUUGAUGUGCUGGGGCCCUCUCUCCAAGGCGGGGCAGUUUUUUCAUGAAACUGAGCUCAGUGCUUGUGUGAAGUCCCAGAUCUCAACCCCCACUGCCAAUGUCACCAUCAAGGUGGGACAAAAUGUAACUCUGCAAUGCCUGGCACAGGUCAGCCCUUCACCAACCAUUAUAUGGAUGUAUCCCCUGAGCAUGUGGAGGGAAUUUGAUGUGUUGACCUCAUCUGCCACGGAAGAUGCUGCUCUGUCAGAGCUGGUCAUACCUGCUGCCCAUCUAAAAGACAGGGGCAAUUACACCUGUGUGGCUCUCAACUCCACCGUCAGGAGCACGGUUGUCAUGUCCCUCCAUGUCCAGCCUGUCCCAAUCCUGUCUGCACCCCAUUCUCUUUCCUUCCCCUUGGGGGGCAAUGCCUACAUUGACCUGCUUGUCAAGCAGACAGUGCGUGGGAUCCUCCUGGAGCGGUUCGUGGUGGCCGGCACCUCUGAGGAGAAGUGGUUCGCCCUCUCCGUUGCGUCAGAUGUAGCUCUCAGGAAACAGAAGAUGAUACACAUCAGCCCUGGAAUAAACUCACACCUUAUGGAUGGCCUCCUCCCAGGCACAAAACACAAGGCACGUCUCAGCCUGGGGCAGCUGCCACACCAGGGCCAGUGUGUGGUCUUUGUGCCGGGCAGGGACUGCAGCGGGCCGGCGGAGCGGGAGUGCCCCCUGCAUGUCACGGCGGUCCUGUGUGCGGUGUUUCUUGCCGUGCCCGUGGCUGCCUACGUCUGGGCAGCCCAAGCCCCCUGCACCUGCAGGGAGUGGGGUCUGCUCCGCUGUCCCCACAGUAGGAAAGCCCGCAGGCGCCCCCAUGCAGCCCCACAGCACAGGCACGACUCCUACAGAGACCACACCCCUGUCGGUGAGGACCACCCAGGACAAGACACUGAGGAGGGGGAAGAAAGAGGGGGAGAGGGUGGCUGA